AUCAAAUAAGUUAUUUAAAAAAAAAUAUAUAUAUAUUUACAUAAAUAUAUAUCAUAUAUAUGUUUAAAUGGUUGUAUUAUUACUAUUGUCAUUACUAUUUUCAAACGCAUAAUAUUAUAUAUAUAUAUAUGGGUACAUUAAUACACACAUACAUAUGGAUAUAAUAUAAUGGAAACUUUUUCCACCUCUACUGUUUUACGUAAUUCCUUUAAUUCUCAAUCACCAUUUUCUACUACAUCUACUUCCAAUGUUGAAUCCAAUGUAAAUGAAGAGAAAUCACAAGAAAAUUUAGUUAAACCACCGUAUUCAUAUAUUGCGUUAAUAACAAUGGCCAUACUUCAAUCACCACAAAAAAAAUUAACUUUAAGUGGAAUAUGUGACUUUAUAAUGAAGAGAUUUCCUUAUUACAAAGAAAAAUUCCCUGCUUGGCAAAAUUCAAUUAGACACAACUUAAGCUUAAAUGAUUGUUUUAUCAAAGUAUCCAGGGAACCAGGAAAUCCUGGAAAAGGAAAUUUUUGGACAUUGGAUCCGCUAGCAGAAGAUAUGUUUGAUAAUGGCAGUUUUUUAAGAAGAAGAAAACGUUAUAAACGCACAUCAUUAAAUUAUCCAAAUUCCAGUUCGCCUAUUUUUUCACCUUUUUCAGCCUUUUGGAUCCAGAAGCCUAAACCAUUUUUUCCUGUUCAUGUUUAUUCUGAAUAUUGUGAUAAUAUUAAAGAUAAUUUCUACAAUUUUCAAAAAAAAUUCUUAUCGACAAUGAUUCCCCCCAACUGUAACCAAAAAUCUCAAUUGCUUAUAAUGGAUGAAGUUUUGAGUUCUUCAAAUAUUUAUACAGAUCACUUAAAAUUAGAAAUGCUGCAAAAUAAUUUAAAAACAGAUUUGGAUUAUAGUGGCUAUGGAAAAACUCACGAAAAAGACAUAUUUACAGUAUUUCAAAAAUCUAAUUUGUUAACUAAUGAUGGAUGCCAUGCACUGGAAUCAAUUUUUAAGCAGGAUUAUCAUGAAACUCCAGAGCUCAAUGCAAAUACUUGUUAUUCGAGUAGCGAUCAAAAUGCAAACAAUAAAUCGCAGUUAUUAUACAACGGCGAAGAAUGUUCAAAUUUAAAAAUGAUACAAUCAAAAAAACAUGAAAAUGACUCGAAAGACAGUUUAAUUGAAUUAAUAUCCGAAUGCAGAAAAAGCAAUGCUACUAAUUUACUCUUGGAUGAGAAUCAAGAUAUAACGUCACAAAACAAAUCAAUUGAAUUAGAUAUAGAGGGCAAAACCAUUUUAAAUUUUAACCAUCCAAAACAAAGAACUCGAAAUUCAAGAGGAUUUAGUAUAGCAAAUUUAAUUGGUCAAAAUUCAGAAAGUAACAAAUAACAUACCUACAUACUUCGUUUUUUUAACUAUCCAUAAUAAUGAAAAUUAAAAAUUAUAAAUGAUUUUAAAAUGUAUCAAAGGCAAAAUUAAUGGUGGAAAUUAUAAAUCCUUAUAUUUUGAAAUUUAAAUAUAUAAAUUGCAAAUAAAAUUUAUUUUUAAAAUGUGCAUACUAAUGUGUAUGCGAAAUUUGUUUGGAGCUCACAAUACUACCGUACGGCACUGUCAUCAAACUACCUUUACAAA